CUGAGUGUACCGAGAAGGCAUCUCUCGUUCUAGGCUCUGCUGGCUGCGCUCGAGCAUCUAUUUGCGGACGCUGUGCGGAGAAUCCCAGCGCCGACGACGCAGUGCGAAGAACGCAGCCAUGGACAAGGUUGUACCGGAGAAGCACCCGCUUGACCUGAGCAUCGUGCAGAGCCUGAACCUGAACCAGAACGGCUUCGAGGCGUGCGCGCUGUCUGAGGCCCUGGCCACGGGAUACCGGAACGCAGCGCACGCCAUGCUUUGGGCUCCUGCCGACAUGCUCGUCAUGCAGCGCUACCAGCAGAAAGCCAUGGUCUUGGCGGUGGUGCGCUUCGAUGGCUACCUGGGCUUUCCCGGAGGCAUGGUGGACCCGGGCGAGAGCCCGGCGCAGGCCGUGAACCGAGAGCUGCGCGAGGAGCUGAACGCGGACACUUCUCGGUUCUGGGCCACCGAGAGCGACCACGUGAUCAGCUUCCGGCAGCAGGAGCGGCGCUUCGCGUGCCACUUGUACGCGCUGCGCGUGUCGUCCGACGAGCUGCUGGCCACCGAGCGCGCCGCCAUCGGCAGCCGGGAGCACGGCCACGAGACGCUGGGCAUCCUGCGGGUGCCCCUCUACAGCAUGGCCGACGGCGUCCGCGGCCUGCCGGUGUUUCUCGCACAGCGCUUCGCCGGCACCGCGCGCGAGCAGCUGCUCUACGCGGCCGUCAGGCUGAGCCUGCUGGACGAGGCCGCGGCGCGCACGGCCCUCGGCCAGAGCGAGGCCACGUUCGGCUCCGUCGCUACUCACCGGCCAGACUGACCUUGCGAUUCGAUGCCAGCGAAGAAGCCGUCUGGAUUGAUUGCUGUAGCUGGCUUUCAAACGAACCAAUAUUGCGCACGCGUAUAUACACUUUUUUUGCGCCGUCUGCUGGGAGAGCGACGGGUCGUGCGUGGCACGGUGUGCGCUCUCGCGCUUGGAAUAACGCCCAGUGGUCAGAGCUGGCCUGGGGAAGAAGAUUAAAUGAUCGACAUUAUGGUGUCUUUCUAGGGCCAUGUUCCCACAGUGAUUCCCAACGUGGGGCAAUAUGUAUUCGUUUUGUAAACCCUAAUGAAAACCUCGGUCAAACCCACUGAAAUAAAUAGUUGUUC